CUGACAUCCAUAUCCUCCCUCCUAUGCUUGUAGCUGGUUUCGAAGUUGUUCCCAGAGAAAUUACAUGUUCUGGCAUGGGAUAUCUCUCUAACAAUUAAUCCAAGAGGCUUUCUAGCUUGAGUGAACGGAGGAGGCUUUCCUGCUGUUACUGCUCCCAAGGUUUCAUUUCUCUUGAUCACUUCUUCCAUGCGAUUUGCCUUUACCCUCUGCUUCUCCUAGCCUGUGGUAAUCGGACUUGCAGAGUAGAGUGAGAGCUAGAACAAAUGUCUUGGUUCCCAUGCCCGGUGGGCUUGUUGAACUGCUGGUUUCGAAGCACGUAAAGUGUUUCCUAACUUCCUCCUCGAUCAAUCCACUGAGAGCUCACACACACCAUCCGAAUGACCAAGUUGUUUUCCUUCUUUGAUGAACACUCUUUUGUGUUCUAAAUAGACUUAAAUAAGAUUUGCAUGUCAUGCACUGACAGAGGCAGAUCUUGCACACCGUAGAAUUCAUGAUGUCUCAGUGCACCUCGAACUCCUACGACCGCUCCAUCGAUAUGCCCAUGGCUGAUAACGGUGGAUACCCGAGUGCUGAUGGUGGCGGUGGUGGUGGUGGGGAUGAUUCGCAGCCAUGGCUUGCCCCGCAGUUAGUCGCCACCGGCGCUCAAGCUCUUCCUUGGGAUCUCUACGCCACCCAGACGAACUUGUUCGACAGGACGAUGGAUGACGACUUCCUCCACGAUGGCUCUACCAGGAACUUCUUCCAUUGCGGCAAUCCUCCACCUCCGCUGUCGGAGUCUAUGGUCGACGAUGGCAUCCCGGACGACGCACCGGCGUAUCACAAUUUUGGGGAGAUGGUUGGCCACGGUAAGGAGUCGCUGAAGAUGGAAGGCAGCGCCCGAACCGAGUCGGGCUCGGACGGCAGCGACGACGACGAGGAGCACCGGCCGGCGAGGAGGUCCGGUAAGCAACACUGCUCGAAGAACCUCUUCGCGGAGCGGAAGAGGAGGAAGAAGCUCAACGAUCGGCUCUUCGCUCUGCGCGCGCUGGUUCCAAAGAUCACAAAGGUUGUGAAUCAUCUUCUAGCCGAAGGAUCAUAUACCUUACUUCGUCGAACGAUGCUAAUGAAAGGUAUGUUGGCGAUGGGUAGAUGGACAGGGCUUCGAUACUAG